CCCACAAGUAACUCACGUGCUUCUCUCGCCGGCAAACUCCCCCAUAACUUUCUCGAGACUCGAAUUCUUCUUCUUCUUCCCCUUUCAAAAAACGAAACUCCCUUUCUCUCUCCUCUUCUCCCUGGUUCAAAUUCUCUCUCCUCUUCCUUCCUAAAACCUCAUCAUUCGAUUCUUCUUCCUUCACAUUCAAACAUGUCGGUUAAGACUGUUAAGGUUAGCAAUGUUUCUCUAAAGGCAUCCGAGCGAGAGCUCAAGGAGUUCUUUUCUUUUUCCGGUGAUAUCGUAUAUUUGGAGACGAAGAGUGAAAAUGAAGACUCACAAACUGCAUAUGUUACCUUCAAUGACUCGCAAGGAGCCGACACUGCUGUUUUGCUUACGGGAGCAACUAUAGCUGAUAAGACAGUGACGAUAAUUUUGGAUCCAGAGUACGAGUUGCCUCCUGCUGCUUUAGCACCACCAUCUGAUGCUCCUGGAGGUGCUCAAGGUGCUCUGCGAAAAGCAGAGGAUGUCGUAACCAGCAUGCUAGCCAAGGGCUUUAUCCUAGGAAAAGAUGCAGUCGGCAAGGCAAAAUCCUUAGACGAUAAGCACAAGCUAACUUCAACAGCCUCUAUUAAAAUCGCAUCUCUAGACCAGAAAAUCGGUCUUACAGAAAAGAUUAGUUUGGGUACUUCUGCUGUAAACAACAAAGUGAAGGAAAUGGAUCAGAAAUACCAGGUUUCAGAGAAAACAAAAUCAGCACUAGCUGUUGCAGAGGAAAAAGUCAGCACUGCGGGGUCCGCCAUAAUGAAGAACCGCUACGUGCUGACGGGGACCACCUGGGUAGCCGGCGCGUUCAACAGGGUGACGAAAGCUGCCGGUGAAGUUGGACAGAAGACGAUAGAGAAAGUCGGAAUGGCAGAAGAUGAGCAGAAGAGGAAAAUGGUGGAUGAUUUUGCUCAGGUUCAUUUAUCGGAAUCUGAUUCCCCGAAAGAUUCCCCGAAAGAUUCAUCAUCGUCACCAAAGGAUUCUUCUUCCCCGAGUGAGAAGAAGCAACCUACAAAGGCUGAGCCAGUACAAGGUUUGAUCCUUUAAACUGCGCGUAAAUGUAUAUAUUUUUGACCCAAGAAUUGUUAUUGUUACCCUGUUAUUGCGGUAAUUGCAUCAGGUGUUGGUAGUUUACCAGUGUAAACGAGGUUCGCUUUAUAAGUGGAUAUUCAACUAUUUCUGGGUCUUUACCAUCCUUUGUUUAAACAAAAGCUGAUGGAUUGAACAUUUUUGAUGGUCAGUCUUUAGUCUUUUACUCA